CUUUGUUCGAGGGUGAGAAUGGAACUCUCAGCCUACUUGGUGAAGUGAGAUUCAGACUGAGUGGGGUCACAGCACAGGGCACUGCCUUGCCUGGCUUUAUCUGAGCCAGUCACACUUUUACUGGCGAUUCUCUGUGGUCUAGCCCCCUUUGUCCAGGAAGAGAAAGAAGAGCCUUGAGGACUGGUCUAGUCAGGCUGAAGAAAUGUCAACUAUUGGGAGUUUUGAAGGAUUCCAGGCUGUGUCUCUGAAGCAAGAGGGAGAUGACCAACCCUCUGAGACUGACCACCUAUCUAUGGAGGAAGAGGACUCAGGCAAGGACCCGAUGCCAAGACAUAUUUCAAGGCAGCCAAGUGUGACUGAGUCAACUCUUUACCCCAAUCCUUACCAUCAACCUUAUAUCUCACGGAAGUACUUCGCUACACGGCCGGGGGCCAUUGAGACUGCCAUGGAAGACUUGAAAGGCCACGUAGCUGAGACUUCUGGAGAGACCAUUCAAGGCUUCUGGCUCUUGACAAAGAUAGACCACUGGAACAAUGAGAAGGAGAUAAUUUUGCUGGUCACAGACAAGACUCUCUUGAUCUGCAAAUACGACUUCAUCAUGCUCAGUUGUGUGCAGCUGCAGCGGAUUCCUCUGAGCGCUGUCUAUCGCAUCUGCCUGGGCAAGUUUACCUUCCCUGGGAUGUCCCUGGACAAGAGACAAGGAGAAGGCCUUAGGAUCUACUGGGGGAGUCCGGAGGAGCAGUCCCUACUAUCCCGCUGGAACCCAUGGUCCACCGAAGUUCCUUAUGCUACUUUCACUGAGCACCCUAUGAAAUACACCAGUGAGAAAUUCCUUGAAAUUUGCAAGUUAUCUGGGUUUGUGUCUAAGCUUGUUCCAGCUACCCAGAAUGCCCACAAGAAUUCAAUUGGAUCUGGAAGAGGAAAGAAACUGAUGGUGUUAACCGAACCCAUUUUGAUUGAGACCUACACAGGGCUGAUGUCAUUCAUUGGAAACCGCAACAAACUUGGCUAUUCCCUCGCCCGUGGGAGUAUUGGUUUUUGAGAGUCUUUUUGGUACCAUAAGCAUAUUAUCCAUAGAUACGUCACUUGGAAAAUUCCAUUUUCACCCACCCUAUUUUUGGACUGAAACAAUUAAUUACUUUUAAAUAAUACUUCAUGAUUUUGAAUAUUUAGUAUUUCAGGAAAUUUAAAAGCUUGAUUGGACUGAUAGAUACACACUUUAGACCUCAUACAAGAAUAACCAAAUUUCCUUAAAACUAGAACAUAAAUGCUGCUGAGACUAUCAAAUAUUGUUAUCAAAUGAGUGCCUGAUCAUUGCACAGGAAAGAAGACUCUUUAGGUCUUGUUACUUCAGCUCUUUAAGUAUAGUCAUCUUUUUUUAAAGGUCUUGGUCUUUAGCCCUCUUAUCCUGGUUUAUUCUCUCAUUGGGGUCUCACUGUCUCUAGAUUUUUAGCUACGACUUUAUAAGGAAGUCUUCCAAAUUUAUAUUCCCAUUCCCAAUAUUUAUUCCAAGAUUCAGCUUUGCAUUUCUGUCUGCCAAUCAUCUACAUAUCGGUGUUCCAGUGGCCUCUUACAUUGAGCAUCAUCAAAAUCCUGGAUUUCUCUGUAGCAUUUAUGUGGUCUCAGGUAUCCAUACCUGAAUUCUGUCAAUUUUGAUUUCUCUACCUUCCUUACCAAUUAUAUCCUAUAUACUAUCACAUCUAUAUAUGGCUUAGCAUUUUAUUCCAGUGCCAAGAUGUCAAACUUGAAGCUCAUUCUUUUUUAAAAUUGCUCACAUAUUUCUCCUUACCGUUCUUACAGCUGUAUUAUUAGAUCAGGUUUUUAAUUCUACUCAUCCAAUUACUAACACAGUCUGUUAAAUGGAAUCCUUACUCCAAGACUGUUUCAAUCUAUCCUGCACUUGGUUUCUAGCUCAUUUACUUUUGCCGUCUUCUGUUCAAAUACAUUUUUAAUAGCAGAUCCUUUUCUUCUUGUGAAAUCUUUUGCAGAAGCAUAAUAUACAAAGCAGAUAAAAGUAGGAUCACUAUGGUUGGAAUGAGGAUGAGAAUGCCACAGCCAUCUUUCUUUGUAGGCCUCGAGGUGCUGUAUAUGGAAUGCCCAUGGAUUGCAGAGGGUUGUGAAGACCUUGUUUUCAAAAACACUGUCCUAACCCACUCUAUUCUCCUUGCUCUUUCCCUCUUAUUUCCUCUUUGUUUCUUCCUGACUUAGAUCUAAUUUUCAACAACCCAGGAAAUUACCUCAUAUUUUUGCAUCUCUCAAGUUUCUUUUCUUUUUUUAUUUAGAAUCUUAUUUUAUUUACAUUUAUUUAGAAUAAAAAACUUUGAACGUUGACUGCAUACACAUUGCUACAAAAGCUAUUUUGCCUUUCCCAAGACUCGCAUUGGACACAUCUUGGUUGAUAUUUAGGUUGAAGAUUCCAGCUAACUUUUUUGGGGGGGCUUUUGUGAAUUUUAAUGUUUUUUCUUUGAAAAGCUUGCUUCCUCAAUUUUGAAGAUUUGUCCUCUGAUAUAUUUAUAAACAUCAGUUUGAUGCAGGCAUUUAAAUUCCAAACCUUGAAUAACCCUCAUUUUAUUUUGUCUUUGUUUACUUCCAUUAAUAUUUUUUCUUUCCCUCUCUUCUGCCUUUAUAGCACCCACUUUUUCUUCCCCCCAUGAUUGCAAAUAUUGUUAUAGUCCCCAAGGCAGGGAACUUCUAUUCAGACUCUAAAAGGAAAUGUUGAAAUCCAUAGCUGUCCUGUCAACAGUAGUGGAAUGAAAAGUCGUUGUAUUGUUUUGGCACUGGUUCUGAAGCAGGCAUAAUUGGCAAAUUAUUAUAAUACUGCUGCCCGAAAAUCCCCAUUCGCCUCAAGAUAGUGGCAUUUAUUGGCAGAAGCCUCUGAAAUGUCCAACACAUUCUUUUGAGUUACCAUUUAAGGAUCAGCCUGACAAUCGACUUCUCUCUGCACAUUUGUUCCCUUUGUAACCUAAGCCAGACUGUUCCCAAGUGACCUUCUAAAGGACACAGUGCACCAUCAUCAAUGGAAACAAUUCAGAAAGAAGGACAGGAGGGAGAUGGUUCUUAGUUUUGAGAGCCAGUCUGUAACAAUAGGAUAAGCAUUGAAUGGAAGCAAAGCUGUUUCGCAUAAAGUGUGAAUUCAGAGAUGACAUGAGAGUCUUUGUGAAUUCCCUUCAUGUUUCAUAAAAACUAUCAUAGAUAGGAUAUCCCAUGAAUUGAUAAAUGGGAUCUAGAAAGCAAUAUUAUGACCAAAGGGUGAGAAGAUUUAGGAAUUUGGAUAGCAGUUCAAGAUAAGAAAGAACCUCUUACAGCUGUAAAUUUUCAAUGGUGGAAUGGGUUCUUUAAACAGUGAGCCCACCAUCACUUGACAUGUUCAAGGAAAGACUAAAGUAGCUGUUGUGAGAGAAAUUGUUCCAUGAUAUCAUUUGGAGAAAUGGUUGACAUAAGCUCUUACGGUCAGUGACCCUAGGAUUUUCCAAAAAAAUUGUUGCUAGUAAUUAGUGAAUUAGACCCAUUUUUUUCUUAAGAAAGAAUUGGAUCAAUCAAGGGAGACCCUGAAAAAUUUCCAUGAUUUUCCUAAGGUUUAAUUUCUUCAGCUGCAAAUGGAGACAAUUAUAUUACUUUUGCUUAUUUCAUCUUGUGAGGAUUCAGUGAAACGAGGUGAAAUUCUUGUAUUGAAUAGAAAGCUUUGAG